AUAGACGUGACGCCAUUUUAUGUCGGUUGCCGACGAACGAUCCUUUCACUGAAUUUAGCCGAUUCCGUUUCGCCGAAAGUCGUUUGAUCAAUCAUUCAUUCAUCAACCAUCCGCUAUCGCCGUCCAAACAGCGUGUUAAGUACGCAGACACGGUCGCCGGUGAUGCACUGCUCCUGCUGCUGCUGAACCGCUGCUGUUUGUCGUCCCCAGCCGCCGCCUAUUUAGGUUGUUUUCCGGCAAUUUAGCGUGAAAACGAUUCAUCUCAAUGGCCGCCAACAAUUAUUUUGGGUUCACACACGGCGGUACUCAAUAUGCUACUGCGACUGGUUAUCAGCCUCCACCACAAGCUGGAUAUGCUGUACCACCAGCUACCUAUACAACUCCAAGAGCUGCUGCAACUGCAUAUGAUGUAGCAUCCUAUCAAACAGCUGCGGCGACACAAUCUGCUUAUGCAAAAGCAGCUUACAAUAGUGCAGCAUAUGACACUAGACAAAACGCUUAUGCACAACAAGCCUACCCCACUCAACCACAAUAUGCACCAUACCAAGCAGUUACUACAUAUACAACGGGAGUUGUUCCAAAGAAACAAUGUCAAGCUAAUGCAGCUGCAUAUGCUACUAGUUCGGCCAUGCAACAAAAAGUCACUUAUCCAAUCCAGUCAGCAGCUGUCACUCCUAAUCAGACUACAAAUAAAGCACCAGCCGUACCAGGAUAUGAAGCUGUUUAUUCUAAUACAAAUUUUCCAACUCAAAAUCAAAAUCAAGUACGACCUAAUAAUGCACAAAAAAGACAGAAUUGGUUUAAAAAAAGUACUACUGGUUUUUCUGGAGGUGCUAAAGGUGGCAAUAGGAUAGGAUUCGCAAGUCGAUCUCAAGAAAUUCAUUAUUGCGAAGUCUGCCGUAUUAGUUGUGCUGGAACUCAAACAUAUAAAGAACAUCUUGAUGGUCAAAAACAUAAAAAACGUGAAGCAAAUUCAAAGUUAUCUACUGUAAAUGUCAACAAACCUUCAAACAAUCCGGCCACAAAAGUGUUCCACUGUGAUCUCUGCGAUAUUUCUUGUACAGGUGCUGAUUCAUAUGCAGCACAUUUAAGGGGUUCUAAACAUCAGAAAGUUUAUAACUUGCAUACAAAACUUGGUAAACCAAUUCCACCACCAAACACUGAAACUGUAGUUGUUUCAAAAACUGCAACACCUAAAGUGAAUUUUAUUGCAGCUGGCAAAUUAGGAACAGUUAUUCCAAAAAUGGAAGCUAAUGUUUCCCCUGUCGUUACUGUUAAAACUGAAGCUAAAAGUCCACCUCCUGUAGUAACUCCUAUUAUAACUGGAGAAACUGAUGUUUUAUUAGUUGGAAUGGAAUACAUAGAAGAAAUUAAAGAUGAAACAGGUAAAAUGGUGAGUUUCAACUGUAAAUUGUGUGAAUGCAAGUUUAAUGAUCCCAAUGCUAAAGAAAUGCAUAUGAAGGGUCGUAGACAUAGACUUUCUUACAAGAAAAAAGUGGAUCCUAGUUUAAUAGUCGAAUUAAAACCAAGUUGGUUUGAAGCUCGUAGAAUGCAAAAAGACAAACAACAUGAUGGUCCUAGAGUAAGAGAAGACAGGUCUAACUUUUGGGCCGAUCGUUUUAUGGAUAUGGAAGAUAGAUUUUCAUGGGAAGAUCGACGACGCUAUCAAGAAGAAGUUGAGUAUUAUGAUUGGUAUAGGUCUUUAGGACCCAGAAAUAUGAGUAUGGGGCCACCUCCACUUUUGGUCUCCAGCAUGAUUGGUGCUCGACCACCUCCUCCUCAUAUGAUGAAUUUUGGAAUGGGAAUGAGACCUCAAAUACAUAUAAUGCGUCGUUAUGAUACUGUUGAUGACAAACAUAUUAUGGCUAAGCACUCUAGUCUUUUCCCCAAGCAAAAUUCUUUAAAAACUCUACAAAAAGCUAUUUCAGACACAGAAAAAGCACUAAAACUCGCUGCUGAAGAAUUAGUAAAAACUGUUCCAGAAGUAGUUGUCCCAGUCACAGUUCCAGAACCAGAAGUUGCAGAAAGUACAGAAGUAAAAAAAGAACAAACAAAAAAGACGACAGCAGCUAAAGAAGAUGGCCGUGAUGGCUCAAUGUUUACUUUUACUACUGAAAAGGAUGAUACUAAAAUAACAAAAAAGAUGACUGGUUCUAUGCGUGUUGGAGCACUGUCAAAAGGAUUGUUAUUAGUUAAUGAAAAUGAGGUGGACUUGGUAAUCAUAUGUUCAGUACCACCAACUGUAGCAUUGUUAAACUCUGUUGUUGCAAUUUUACCAGAGAAGUUGAAGGUAUUUAACUUCUUAAAUAACUACUAUAACUUGACAACAUUUUGUAUUCUAAAACCAUUAAAAUCGAAAAGAGCUGAAGAAGUUGCAUUUGGCCUCAUAGAUGUUUUUACCAUGUUCCGUUCUCCUAGCGUUCUACAAAGUGUGACAAGUCGUGAAUUCAGAAACCAAACAAUAGAUUCAUUAAAAGAAAUAUGGCCAUAA